GAGCUAAAAUUGUGUCAUUAAAUACCUAGUACGCCUAGAUACUUUAUUAGGCUUGAACUGUGAUUACUAAACACCAAGAAAUUAUUCCAUCACGAUGUUCAAACUCCGGCUUACAUCGUAUGCGGCCGGCAAAAGCGGGGCAACCAAACACGUGAACUAUCGUGCUAUUCAAGACCAAAAUCAUUACACACCUACGAAAACAACCUAUACAAAACAAUAUGUCUCCCACCAAAGAACCCUUCACCAUAACUGCCUCUCCAUCAACCGAUAUCUGGCGCAAGCCUCCCACCACUGAUGCUUUCAAUGCUCCUACCGAAAUGGCUUCAGCUAUACCACUUACCUCAUUCCUCUCCUCCAAGAUCACCUUUUCUCUCCCUUGCAAAUAUCGCUACGACCAAGGUGGUCUUCUUCUCCAUCUCACCAAAGCCGGCUCCAAAGAUCGCUGGCUGAAGACUGGAGUUGAAUUUUAUAAUGGCAAACCAUUUGUCAGCACUGUUGGAUGUGAUAAUUUUGCAGACUGGAGUAUCUACCCGACAGGUCUCGAUGCAAGUAAAGAUGUGGAGGUUACGGUUGAAGUGAGGAGAGAGGGCGAUGAGAACGGAAAGGGUCUUUGGGUUUAUUGGAUCCAAGACGAAGAGAGAAUUCCACUUAGAGAGGUGGCGUGGUUUUUUGCCGAUGAAGAAGAUUGGCAAAUUGGAGUUGGGGCAAUGGCUUGUAGACCUGCCAAAGCUGAGGCUACUAACGGAGAGAGUUUAGAAGUGAAAUUUUGGGAUUUCGAAUUGAAACAAAAUUAAGUGUUGGGUUUUGUAAGACGUGCAAUCAACUUCUAGGGACGGGAAUUUGAUGCUGCGAUGAAAGAUGAAAUGGGUUUGAAGCUAUAGGGUUGUUUUUGGUUUCCUAUGACGGGUAUCACACUACAUGCCAAUUAGUAACAUCAACAUAUCAUGAAAACGAGAAGUCCCAGAGAAGACAUAAAAUCACAUGUGUCUCUUCUUGAACUGUGUGGACUCUGAUAUGUAGAGCCUUCUCCUCAAAGUGCUACCUAAAGAGAGAACAGUCAGUGUUGACAUUCGCAUUCCUCCCGUCAACACACCGUUUAAAGCACCAAUGCGCAAUUAAAUUCACUCCAUUGUCAUCA